ACCUGCGCCGCGAGUUCAUUUACUCAAACUCUGUUUUAACCUUCAUUUUGUUGUACUUGUAAUUCAUAUUUCAUCAUUUUGAAUAUUUCUCAUUAUAAUAAUUAAUAACAAGCUUUUCUUACGUAUCAUAACACACUUUACUCCUUACCUUUUUACGAGAUAAUAUAUAACAAGUUUAUAACCAAAGAUGAGCAGCUCGGAAGAGGUGUCCUGGAUUUCGUGGUUCUGCGGACUUCGUGGAAAUGAAUUUUUUUGCGAGGUCGAUGAAGAUUAUAUACAAGAUAAAUUUAAUCUUACCGGAUUAAAUGAACAAGUUCCACAUUACCGUCAAGCAUUGGAUAUGAUUUUAGAUUUAGAACCUGAUGAUGACUUGGACGAUAAUCCAAAUCAAUCGGAUUUAAUUGAGCAAGCUGCAGAAAUGCUCUAUGGCCUGAUACAUGCUCGUUAUAUAUUGACAAAUCGUGGAAUAGCUCAGAUGAUUGAAAAAUACCAAGCUGGUGAUUUUGGUCAUUGUCCACGUGUUUACUGUGAGUCUCAGCAAAUGUUACCACUAGGAUUAAGUGAUGUUCCUGGUGAAGCUAUGGUUAAAAGUUACUGUCCUAAAUGUAUGGAUGUCUACACACCAAAAAGUUCACGGCAUCAUCAUAAUGAUGGUGCAUAUUUUGGUACAGGAUUUCCACAUAUGUUGUUUAUGGUUCAUCCGGAAUAUCGACCUAAACGUGCGACAAAUCAAUUUGUACCCAGAUUAUAUGGCUUUAAAAUUCAUCCAUUAGCUUAUCAAAUGCAACAACAAUCAGCAGCAACAUUUAAAGCCCCAUUACGUGCACUUUAUAACAAUGGCAAACGUUAAAACUUCACAUAAUUAAAAUAACAACAGACAAAAAAAAACAACCAUUUUUUGAGUGGAGCGUAUUAUUUCAUAAUUGACUAAAAUACAAUCUUUAUCUAAUAUUGUUUCAAAUAAAAAAACAAAAUAUUUUUUAUAUUUAUCUCCUUCUGUAGACUUGCAUUUUAAAUUUACAACUGAUUUUUUUUUAAUUAUAAAUCUUUCACUUUUUUGUCGCUCCGUAAUAUUUGUAUCAUUUUAUAUGUUAUAAAUUUUUUCUCCGGGUUUCGCGGCAAUAGUGACGAGGAACGAGAAAAAAAAAUAAUAGAAAGUAAUUGAAUAUAAAAGAGAAAUAACACUUAAAUUUUUGUAGAUCAUCAUAAUGCCCCUAAUAAUUUUUAAGUAUCUAGAGAAGUUUUCACCUCUUUUAUUUAAAUAAUAAUAAUUUUUCAUUAAGAGAAAAAGUAAUAA